AUGAAUAAAUUAAUUGAUGUUCCUAUUCAACAACCAACUGGAGUUGUGUUAGGUACAGCUUCUGUUAUUGGUAUUAAGUAUGAUAAUGGAAUUCUUAUUGCAGCAGAUACACUUGGAUCAUAUGGAUCUAUGGCAUUAUUCAAAGAUUUAGAACGAAUUAUAAAAUUAGGGAAAUAUACAUUAAUUGGUGGUUCAGGUGAAUAUUCUGAUUUCAUUGAAUUAAAUGAAACAUUACAAAAGAAAGUAAAUGGUGAUGAAUGUUGUGAAGGUAAAGAAAACGGAUUUAAACCAAGUGAAUUAUAUAGUUAUGCCCAACGUAUUUUAUAUGAACAUAGAUGUGAUCAAAAACCAUUAUUUGUUACAUUGAUUGUUGGAGGAGUUAAAAAAGAUGAAAUUUUCCUUGGACAAACUGAUAUGUAUGGUACAUCAUUUACAGAAAAUUAUGUUGCUAGUGGUAUUGGUGCUCAUAUGGCUAUGCCACUAUUACGAAAAGAAUGGAAAGACCAUAUGUCUCGAGAAGAAGCUGAACAUCUAAUUGAGAGAUGUAUGAAAAUUCUUUAUUUAAAUCAUUGUUGGGCAGGAAGUCAAUAUCUUUUAGGUGUAGUAGAUUCAGAAGGGUCAGAUAUUAUUGGACCAAUUGCUAUAGAUACAACAGGUAAAUGGGAUAUAAUUGCUUAA